AUGCAUUGGACUGGAAACAGUCAUCGGGUACCACCUUCCACUCCCAAGCUUUGGUAUGGUAGGUACCUCAUCAUUUUACAUCAGUCACGGCCCUCCGUCUCACAUCCCGCGUCAUUUUGGCUACUUGACAUGAGCCCAGCAGCUCUUGAUCUGGCAGCUUUCGCGUGCUUCUUUCUGCCCCGCAUCGAAAAAUCGUACUGCCCCUCCAUCCCAUCCAUCUUGCUCACACAGCAAGACCAGUACAACCCACACAUAAUGAGCUCAGCACAAGACAUCACCGGCGCAUCUGCGCAUGGAAGACAGCUCGAAGUCUCCGCUAGCUUGGGACUUUCAACUUCGCCAACCGCCACUUUCACCUCCCCCCCUUCAAGCUUCGCUAGAGCCGGCACUGCUCUUGCCCAGAGGCCAGCCCCCAAGCUUCUGAAGCCCUUCAACACCCAAGACAUCAAGAUUUUGCUUCUCGAAAAUGUCAAUCAAACAGGAAAAGAUAUCCUGACCGAGCAAGGUUACCAGGUCGAGGCUCUCAAGACCUCUCUCCCCGAAGACCAACUCAUUGAGAAGAUUCGGGACGUGCAUGUCAUUGGUAUUCGCUCCAAGACCAAGUUGACCGAGAAGGUCCUGCGUGAGGCCAAGAACCUGCUCGUCAUUGGCUGCUUCUGCAUCGGCACGAACCAGGUCAACCUCGAAUACGCUGCCGCCCACGGUAUUGCUGUCUUCAACUCCCCCUUCGCCAAUUCGCGCAGUGUUGCAGAGCUCGUUAUUGCCGAAAUUAUCACUCUGGCCCGUCAGCUUGGUGACCGCUCCAACGAGAUGCACCGCGGCACCUGGAACAAGGUCAGCUCCAAGUGCUGGGAAAUCCGUGGCAAGACGCUCGGCAUUGUGGGUUAUGGCCACAUUGGCUCGCAGCUUUCGGUCCUGGCCGAGGCUAUGGGCAUGAACGUCGUUUACUAUGAUGUCGUGAACCUGAUGGCACUAGGAACCGCGACCCAAGUGCCCACCUUAGAAGCCUUGCUCGAGGAGGCCGACUUCGUUACUUUGCACGUGCCUGAGCUGCCAGAGACUAAGAACCUGAUCUCUACUGCUCAGCUCGAGAAGAUGAAGACUGGCGCUUACUUAAUCAACGCCAGUCGCGGCAGCGUUGUCGACAUCCAGGCUCUGAUUAACGCCAUGCGCUCUGGCAAGAUCGCUGGUGCUGCUCUUGAUGUCUACCCCAACGAGCCGGCGGCCAACGGCGACUACUUUAACAGCUCACUCAACACAUGGGGCGAGGAUCUGCGUAGCCUGAACAACAUCAUUUUGACGCCACACAUUGGUGGCAGCACCGAGGAGGCCCAGCGCGCUAUUGGUGUCGAAGUUGCCGAGGCGCUUGUCCGCUAUAUCAACCAGGGCACCACGCUCAACAGUGUUAACCUGCCCGAGGUUAACCUGAGAUCAUUGACUUUGGAUGAGCCCGACCACGCUCGUGUCAUCUAUAUUCACCGCAAUGUUCCCGGUGUCUUGCGCAGAGUUAACGAGAUUCUUGGCAACCACAAUGUUGACAAGCAGAUCUCCGACAGCAGAGGCGACAUUGCAUACCUCAUGGCCGAUGUGAGCAGCGUCAAGGCCGAGGACAUCAAGGAGAUCAACGACGGUCUGGAUUCUCUGAGCUCACGCAUCAUGACCCGUGUCUUGUACUAG